UCCUUGUACCAAAAGUACUUUCCCAAACAUCCUCUUAAUCACCUCUGAGCUCUAAGAUGAGACUGAAAACCGAUGAUUUAUUGCAAACAGUCAGCAGAUCUAAUAUGCAGUCUCAAAAAUCAAUGCAAAUCGAUCAAAGAAAUCCACCAAAUCCUUUCCCAAAUAAUCACCAGAGGACUUCUUUCUCUCCACCCUUCAUCCGCCUCCUACCUACACGCCACCAUCCUCCAUACCUUCAACUCCGUCAUCUCUUCUCCUCCACAGCCGCCGCAUCGUCAUCAUCCCAUUUCAAUCCACUACCCCCUUUCUAUAUUCAACCUCAUCAGCAACCCUUCGAUUUUUUGUUGGAACACCAUCAUUCGUUCCCAUACUCUCCUCUCUUUACCUGAAAAUGCGGUUUUCUUCUUUAUCAGAAUGCGGCGGCGAUGUGUUCGUCCGGACGCUCACACCUUUCCUUUCGUUCUAAAAGCUUGCGCACAACUCCGUGAACUUUCCCUUGCAAAAACUAUCCAGUCUCAAUCGUUAAAGUUCGGGUUCACGUCCGAUGUAUUCGUCUGCAACAAUCUUAUUCACGUAUAUUGUCACUGUGGUCUUAUCGAUGAUGCGUACAAGGUGUUCGACGAAAGUGCUCACAAAGAUGUUGUAUCUUACAAUGUAAUCCUUGAUGGGUUGGUGAAGGCUGGGGAAACUAAACGUGCUCGUCAAGUGUUUGAAGAAAUGCCAACUAGGGAUUCAGCAACAUGGGGUACAAUGUUGUCUGGUUAUACACAAACGAAACACUACAACGAGUGCUUAGAUCUAUACGAUCAAAUGCUUGUUCUAGGGAUCCAUCCCGACAACACAUCAUUGGUUUCUGUUCUCUCCUCCUGUUCACGAUUAGGGAAAUUAGAAAAAGGUAAAGAAGUUCAUGAUCAUAUCAAACGUAGUAAGAUUCAAAUAGAUUCAUUCUUGUGUACCUCAUUGGUGGAUUUCUACUCCAAAUGUGGUUGCAUAGAGAUAGCCAUGGAGAUAUUUGAAGCAACAUCUGACAAGAACCUGUUCACCUGGAAUGCAAUGCUUGUUGGGUUAGCUAUAAACAGUCAUGGCAAAAUGUUACUGAACUUUUUCUCGAAAAUGGUGAAGAACAGAGUCAAACCAGAUGGGGUGACAUUUCUUGGUGUUCUGUUGGGGUGUAGUCAUGCUGGUUUAAUCGAUGAAGCAAGAACACUGUUUGCAGAGAUGGAGGUCGUCUAUGGAGUUCCUAAAGAGCUGAAACAUUACGGAUCCAUGGCGGAUUUACUUGGAAGAGGUGGUUUGAUAAAAGAAGCGAUGGAGAUGAUAGAGAGUAUGCCAAUGUCGGGUGAUGUUUUUGUUUGGGGGAGUUUGCUUGGAGGGUGUAAACUCCAUGGAAACGUUGAAGUUGCAGAGAAAGCUGCUGAGUGUAUUAUGGAGAUUAGUCCUGAAGAUGGUGGAGUUUAUUCAACAAUGGCUGAUAUUUAUGCAAAUGCAAAACGUUGGGAUGAUUUAACGAAGAUAAGGAGGUUGAGGGAUUCAAGGAGAGUGAAGAAGAAUGCUGGAUGCAGUUUAAUCGAAUUGAAUGGUGUUUGUCAUGAGUUUGUGUCAGGUGCAGAGUGCACACAACCAAUGGGAAUGGAGAAAAGAAAGCUUAAAAUUUUUUGUUGGUUACUCAUGAUUCUUUGUUUAGCCCAAAUCCCAGCAAGAUUGGCUCUUGAAAACAUUAGGAUUGCACAUUCAAAAAGUCUAAGGACUCUAGUGCAAGAAUCUCAAGGUUUAGGGAUAUUGAAGUUGAAUGGCAACAGAGAACUCUUAGAACAAGAUGCGGUGAUGUUAGCAAAGGGACAAAAAGGAGGAAGGGGAAGCGGAGGUGGAACCAAUGAUCGUGUUCCUCAUAAAAGCGAGUCAUCGAAUGAAGCCCCUCAUCAAUUGGGAAGAUUUGUUGUUGGUGUUACUUUUUGUAUUCUUCAAUUUAUAGUAACAUAAAUAUUUUCAUUAUAGAGUAUUAUAAUCUAUGAUGUUUUGGGGUUUGUUAUGUUGAAAUGAAGCCCAUCGUCAAUUGGGAAUAUUUGUUGUGGGUGGUGGUUUUUGUAUUCUUCAAUUUAUAGUAUCAUAACUAUUUUCAUUAUAAA